UAAGUUUAAAAAAAAUUGCUCGCUCGGUUUGCAACUUUGCAUUUGCCAGAUUUGCAUCCUUUCCAAAAAAUGUAGUUUAUUUAUAUUUAUAGUUUUUUACUGACCACAAUAUUGGUAAUUAAGUGGUUAACAUGUCCGAGUCUUCUAAAUCUAAGUCUUCAUUGAACCUCAACCCGUCUCCAACAUUGCAAUGCAAAGAUCUUCAUGAAUAUCUUAAGAGCCGUUCGGCGCAGUUUUUAGAGACUUUAUACAACUAUCCUACGAUAUGCUUGGCAGUUUACAGAGAAUUGCCGGAGUUGGCUCGACACUUCGUCAUCCGUUUGCUGUUCGUUGAGCAGCCGGUGCCGCAGGCUGUGGUUGCUUCCUGGGUGUCUCAGGCCUAUGCCAAAGAGCAGUCAAAAGCAUGCGAGGCACUGUCCGAGUUGUCGGUGUGGCAGGAGGCUCCUAUCCCAGGGGGCCUGCCCGGCUGGAUCCUCGCACAGUCCUUCAAGAAAAACCUGAAGGUGGCUUUGUUGGGAGGCGGUCGUCCAUGGAGCAUGUCAUCCUCAUUGGAGCCAGAUGGCAAGGCUCGGGACGUGGCGUUCCUGGAUGCGUACGCGCUGGAGCGCUGGGAGUGCGUGCUGCACUACAUGGUGGGCAGCGCGCAGACGGAGGGCAUCAGCGCCGACGCGGUGCGGAUACUGCUGCACGCGGGGCUCAUGACCAGGGACGCAGAAGACGGUUCGGCGGUGAUAACUCGCGCCGGCUUCCAAUUCCUACUGCUGAGUACUGCUAAACAAGUAUGGCUGUUCCUGCAACACUACCUGCACACGGCAGAGAAGCGCAGCCUGAGCGCGGCCGAGUGCCUCGCCUUCCUCUACCAGCUCAGUUUCAGCACGUUGGGCAAGGAUUACAGUACAGAGGGUAUGAGCAACAACAUGCUAGUGUUCCUACAACACCUGAGAGAGUUCGGACUCGUGUACCAGAGGAAGCGUAAGGCGGGCCGCUUCUACCCGACGCGGCUGGCGCUGAACAUCACGUGCGUCCGCGACGGCGCCGCGCUGGUGGCGCCGCUGGAGCCCGGCGCGGCGCGCGGCGCCCGCGGGUACAUCCUGGUCGAGACCAACUACCGCGUGUACGCCUACACGCAGACCAACCUGCAGGUGGCGCUGCUGGGCCUCUUUACGGAGCUCAUCUAUAGGUUUCCCAAUUUAGUGGUAGGUGUACUAACACGAGAGUCAGUGAGACAAGCGCUGCGCGGCGGCAUCACGGCGGAACAAAUUAUACACUAUCUGGAACAACACUCACACCCACAGAUGCUGAAGUCAGAGACAGGCGGUAUCCGCUCGUCUUCACGGCUGCCGCCCACUGUGGUGGACCAGGUGCGGCUGUGGGAGAGUGAGCGGAACCGAUUCACGUACACCGAGGGCGUCGUCUACAACCAGUUCCUGUCGCAGGCGGACUUCGUAGUGCUACGCGACUACGCGCGCCAGCAGGGUGUGCUAACCUGGCAGAACGAGCGCUCGCGGACCAUGGUGGUCACCAGGCAGGGGCACGACGACGUCAAGAAGUUCUGGAAGAGAUACUCCAAGAGCUCGUAGUACUAAUUGGAGCAUGGAGUAAACAAUACUACAUAUAGUAGGGACACUCUCCGUCCCGCACCGAUUCAAGCCUGAUCACCCCGCCUGCGAUUUGCGUACUCACGUCCGUAAGGCGCGAGUAAAGAGCGCGCAUGGAUUGUCUGUCUCGCUCGGUACACUGUUUCUGAGUAAGAACGAGAUUUUUGUAUGAAGUGUCCGCGUUGUGGUGACGUGGUAGAAUGAGCGUUAACGCACCAUGAUGGUCACCAAGCGUGAUUACGUCAAGAAGUUCUGGAAGGGAUACUCAAAGAGCUCGUAGUAAUUGGAGCCAAUAAACACCGCGUAUGGAAGGACCCGUAUCCCUUGCCCAGCGAUACGGGUGAAGACCUCAACGGUUGCAGAGGCGGAGAUGGGAGCCAUCGGUACGGCAAUGCAGGACGGAAGAGGCGACACAGGGACUGUAACCUCGAACCUGAUAGAGGGCAGCAGUAACUGUCAGUACUAUUAUGUUUGUGUCAUCCAAGCAGGAACUUUACGCUUUGAGAGGUCGCCCAGGGUGCAUAAGAUGCUCACCCCUAGAGGCACCUGUCUCUAUGUUACAGAGGCUGAACUGAACAGUGAAGGAGUUAAUGGUGCAGAUUUGGGUCACCACCAACUUAGCUUUAAUGUAAUUUGUCGGAACUAAAACUAGUUCUAUCUCUUUCUUGCACUUAUUGUAAGUGAAGGACGGCAUAACGUAAGAGCUGUCAAACUAAAAUUAAGUUUGUGUCCGCCCGAAUAGGUACCAUUAUAAUGUAACGGCGCUAUGCGUCAUUGUUCGUUAAGUUAUAUGAUUGUAAAUAAAUAUACGUAUUUUUAUAUUUAAUUCCA